CCAGUUUCCCGUUAAGGGCUUAAAAUAAACCAGGACUAGGCUAAUUCUACUUAAAUUAAUCCACACUAAACAACUGACUUUCUGAGAUGUUGCUUAAGUUUGGAUUAACUAGUUCUAGACUACAGAGUCUCAGAUUAAGGUAAUCAAGGACCAGUGAGAUCAUCUUUUGGAAACCCGAUUAGAUUAAUGGCAUGCACAUGUGGCUAAGGAGAGGUUGCUAUAAAAACCUGGUAUGGAAUACUUGUAAUUCAUUAGUCUUAAGGAGUGUGUGGAACAGGAGUCACUACACUUAACCAAAAAAUGGAUAAAGGCCGAAGAAAACACUCAAAAAACUUCAGUGAAUUUGAGGAGACCCUUUUAAAACAAAUUGUAUCAAACUAUCCUGUAAUUGAAAACAAACAGCAUGAUUCAGGUACAGAAAACAAGAAGGCAUGGAUUUCCAUAUUGAAUGAAUUCAACUCAAAUGAAAAAGUAACCAAACGGACACUCCAACAAGUUCAGGUCCUGUGGAAAAACAUAAAAAUAAACCUGAAAAAAACAACUGCUGCUACGCAUCAAGAGCGUUUCAAGACAGGUGGGGGACUCCCAGUUACACCAGACACAGAGGAGUUGGGGGACUUGUUGGCUGGGAUUAUUGAAAGUCAGCAACCCCUGGAAGGUAUUCCAGAUGAUGACCAUUUGGACAGUUCAGGUGAGGAAUCUUUCAAAGACUCAUUUGAUGAUUUACAUUUUCUUGACCGUUUCCAUAUGUCAAAGGAAAAUGCAACAGAAAUAUUUGGUUUGCUGCAGCCCAAGCUUUCAAGUGACUUAGUCAGGGACACCCCUAUUUCUCCUUCCUUACAAAUAUUAAUUACCUUAAGGUUUUUGGCAUGUGGAACCUUCCAUCGUGAAACUGGGGAUUUGUGUGGUGUAGGUGAAUCAACAGUGUGCAAAAUAGUGCUCCUGUCUUUCAGCAACCUUCUUUCUGGUCUUGGCGGUGGUCUCUGAUUGUCGUUGAAAUAGUCGAGGUAAUCCAUUUUCUGCUACUGUGGACGUGAGCCUUGAGGCAAGAAGUUUUUAAUCUGAGGUUAAACCUGCUUCUGACCAGGUUUAAUUUAAGACUUCAUUUAGAUCUGAAUUAGGUCUAAUCCUACUUCUAGAAAUCCGAUUGUUUAAGUCUAGACUAGUGCAAGUCUGAGACUAUUGUAAUCCAUGUGUGAGAAAGCUACUUCAAUAAAUCCAGGUUUAAAAUGACAUUUAGUCUACGACUAGGCUUAAUCCCUGUAUGGGAAACCGGCCCUAUAUUUUGGACUGGAAGAUUAAAAGCGCAUGCCUUCAAACUACUUAUUUCCCACAAGAUCACACGGGUGAAAAUAUCGCAGAGGCCCUCAGAGACGUAAUAACAACCUGGAUGUUAAAUCCAAAUGGACCCGUGGCCAUUACCACUGACAAUGGAGCGAAUAUCGUCUGCGCAGUCCAAAACAACAACUGGCAGAGGAUGCAGUGUUUGGUCACAGACUACAUUUGGAGAUUGGUGAGUGCAAUAUACCUGGUCUUACAUGGGUGUGUGUGUGUGUGUCUGUCUGUCUGUGUGCACAUGUAGGUUAGUCUGCUUUGGACUGCCUGGGUGUGAAAUGUUUGGUUGGGUGGAAGGGGGUGUGGCAAAUAAUCUGGUAUUUAAAAAAAAAAAAAAAACACAGUGUAUUGCAGAAUAAUUAAAAAGUACAAUGUCAAAAUAAUAACUUUAUUACAAAUUAAAAAGAAACUAUACAUAUAUACUUAUACAGUCACAAAAUUAAGAGACAAUUCAUGGCUUGAGCUAUUAAACUACAUUUAAAAACAAUUUAUUUCAUUUUUGCUUUUACUGUGUUACAGGUCAUGGAAUGCAAGACCCUCGUAUCACACGGGCCAUUUCUCUUUGCAAGAGAACUGUGAGCGCAUUCUCCUACAGCUGGAAAAAGCGGAGGGAGCUGGCCAAAGUGCACAGAUGAUUACCAGCUCAUCAGCUCAGUACGGAGUUGACCACAUGGUAGGGAUCACGUCUACAAAUGGUAGAAUGCGUCCUUGAGCAGGAAAGGGCUCUUGCCAAAGUCCUGUCUGCUGACAAGAAAACAAGACCUCUGGUUCUUACCUGGCAAGACAUAGAGGUGCUAGAGGCCAUCCAAAGAGCACUGAAGCCCCUGCAGGACUUCACUGACGCUUUGUCAGGCGAGGAGUAUGUGACACUCUCAUACAUAAGACCUGUGCUCCACCUCUUUAACAGCAGCCUCCUUGCUCCUGAGGAAGGUGACAGUGAGCUAACAAAGUCCAUCAAACACACCAUCCUGACUUACUUAAAUGAAAAGUAUUCAGAGCCCUCUACCAGUGACUUGCUGGACAUUGCUUCCUUUAUAGACCCACGGUAUCGGGGGAAAUAUGUCAGCAGUGGGAAACUGGUUGCAUUGAAAGAGAGGCUCAUCUGCGAAGCACAGAGUUUGCUAGGUGAUCAGGGGAGCUCUGCAGGUGUUGACAAAGCUGUGCCUCAGUCCGCACAAGAGAGUGCCAUAGCAGAUCCUGUGCCCCCCAUUGCUAAAAAGAAAAAACACUAGCCAGCUUCUUUGUCCAAGAUGCAACCCCUUACUCUUCUUCAUUCACACCUCGCGAGUCCAUUGAGAAUGAGUUGUCAAGCUAUUUACAGUCUGUAUGUUUGGAGAGGGAGGCAGAUCCACUACAAUGGUGGCAGGAACAUGAGGUUGCCUAUCCAGCACUGAGCACCCUAGCAAAAAAGUACCUCUGUGUGCCUGCCACUAGCAGUCCUUCUGAAAGGAUCUUCAGCUGGAGUGGAAAUAUAGUUACUUGUCAAAGGGCUGCACUUAAGCCUGACACAGUAGACCGAUUGGUAUUCCUUGCUCAAAAUAUUAAAAAGUAAAAGAGUUACACAAACUUGUUUUUGGCUAUUUGUUGAUGGCUACAACAGAGUUAAUGCAAAGAUGAGCUUGAGUUGAGUUGUUUUAUUUUUGAAUGAAAAGGCAAUAUGUAUUUAUUUUUUCCUUUAUUUUACAGUUAAAUUAUUAUUUUUGUAUACAGGGAUUUUUUUUUAAAAUGUCGCAGAAGCACUUUGUUCCUACAUGAACUGCCUACCUCUUUGCACUUCAAUAAAAAAAAAGACUUUGUGGUCUUUGGCAUAUUUGUUUUUGCAGUAGUUUUUGGGGGGUUAUUUUUCCUGUAAAGAUAUCGAGAGGUAUAUCGAGAUAUAGCAAAAUAUAUCGAGAUAUAUUUUUUGCUCCAUAUCGCCCAGCCCUAAUGGACACUGCUUGAGAUUGGGAUGAGGGAGUUUCCUUUGGUUUUAUUCGCAGUAAGAGAGACUGUACAGGAAUCUCUUGGUUUUAGCCCAGCCGAACUUGAAUUCGGACAUCAGGUAAGAGGACCUUUAAAAGUCCUUAAGGAACAGAUUUUAACAGCUGAUUCCAGUCCGUACUGGAACACUAACGUACUGGAUUAUGUUGGUACAUUUCGAGAACGUUUACAUACUGCUUGGUCGCUAGCUAGAGAGUCUUUAGCAACUGCUCAGAAAGGCAUGAAGCAUAAGUUCGAUCAGAAAGCAAUUGCGCAAUCUUUUAUGCCCGGGGAUGAAGUGCUUGUGCUUUUACCUGUUCCUGGAUCAUCUCUGUCGGCUCAUUUCUUUGGUCCGUAUGUUGUGAAGAGGAGAAUGAGUAAAACUGAUUAUAUGCUUUCCACACCUGAUAGAAAACGCCAAACCCGAGUUUGUCACAUUAAUAUGUUAAAAGCUUACCAUGUAAGGGAGAAGGCUGAGGUUAAAACUUCGGAACAGACUGCUGGGCUCGCCGUUACUUCUGUCAUGUUAGCCGUAGAGGUGACACCCUCUCCUAGUAUCACCGGUGUGGACGAGGAUGGUAUCGUGCUUCGCAAUGCUCCUCAGCAGUGCGCAAGGCUGGCGAAUUCAGGGAUUUUGCAAGAUCUCUCAUCCUACCUAAUUCAUUUAACUUCGGACCAGGAAUCCGACAUUAAGUUAAUUUCUGAUUUUAAUUGUUUGUUUAGUGAUGUUCCCAGACAAACAAAUGUUUUGCAGCAUAACAUUAAUGUAAGUGGUGCUCGCCCUAUCAAGCAGCAUGCUUACCAUGUAAAUACAGUCAAGAGGUCUAUUAUGCGUCAGGAGGUAGGUUAUUUGUUGGAGAAUGGUUUAGCCCUGGAGUUCUCCAUGUUUACUCGUGCCUAAACCUGAUGGCACGUUUAGAUUCUGCACUGAUUACCGUAGG